UCCACGUUCAUUUUGGAAGAUUUAGUUUUGGAACUGAAUGGGAAAACUCAGCCAGUACAGCUUAAAUUAAGCACAAUGACAGCUGUUGAUACCAUCAUAAAUAGUAAAAUCACCGGUGGUUUUCAAAUUCGAGGACUUAAUUCUGAAGUGCACGUUCAAAUACAGCAAGCUUACACACGUGACUUCAUACCAGUAGAUAAAUCCCACAUCCCUAUCAAAACCACAGCACUUCAGUGGCCGCACCUUAGCCAUCUAGCCAACGAGUUACCACCUCUUCAAGAUUGUCAGGUGGGACUCCUCAUUGGCUACGACUGCCCAUCAGCCUUAGCUCCUCUAGAGGUUAUUACAGGUAGUGCAAAUGAACCCUUCGCUCAGCGGACUGCUCUUGGCUGGAGCAUCAUAGGGUCCGCCAACCCUCACAUGGACAGACAGGGGAGCCAUAGUUUUGUGCAUCGUGUUGCAGUUAAAGAACAGCCUGUGCCUAUUGUUACAGAUGUGUUAAAGGUUUUAGAGUCAGAUUUUAAUGAAAGGAGCCAUGAGGACAAGUAUGUGUCUCAAGAUGAUGUUCGGUUCAUACAUUUUUUGAGUGAUAAUAUCAAGCAAGAGGAGGAUGGACACUAUCAGAUGCCCCUCCCAUUUAAAAAUGACAGCUCACCAACUCUGUUAAACAAUAAAAGGCUAGCUACUGUUAGACUGCAACACCUGAAAAGGAAGUUAUCUGCCAAUAAGCACUAUCAUGACCAAUACACUGCCUUUAUGGAAGAAAUGAUCAGCAGAGGUGAUGCAGAGCUAGCCCCUGCAGUUUCGGAGGGAGAAACUGCAUGGUACAUUCCCCACCAUGGUGUGUACCACCCAAGGAAGCCAAAUAGGCUAAGAGUUGUGUUUGAUUGCUCAGCAAAGUUUAAUGGCAUCUCACUAAAUGACACCUUACUUACGGGCCCUGAUUUGAUUAAUUCACUGGUGGGAGUUCUGUGUCGUUUCAGAAGGGAGGAGGUUGCUGUAAUUUGCGACAUUGAAAAAAUGUUCCAUCAAUUCCGUGUUUUCCCAGAAGCUCGCAACUACUUAAGGUUUCUUUGGUGGGAAGGCGGGAAGUUGGAUAGUGAACCGCGAGAAUAUCGGAUGACAGUUCAUCUCUUUGGUGCCGCCUCCUCACCUGGAUGUGCCAACUUUGGUCUGAAGUAUCUGGCGCAGCAAUACAAAGCCCUCUAUCCUGCAGCAUCCAACUUUGUUGAAAGGAAUUUUUAUGUUGAUGAUGGCUUAACUAGUGUUCCAACUGUUCAAGAGGCCAAAGAACUGAUUGUUGAGGCACAGAAGCUGUGUAAUCAUGCGGGCCUAAGACUACACAAGUUCAACUCAAACUACAAAGAUGUUCUUUCCUGUGUGGCUCCUUCAGAAAGAGCAGAAACAAUGGAUCCUCUAAGACUGAAUCCAGAGGUGACAUCACAAGGACAUGUACUUGGCAUUCAGUGGUCAAUGACGAGUGAUUGCUUUAGUUUCAACAUCAAUGUAAAAGACCACCCGGCAACUCGUCGUGGCCUCUUGUCUGUCUUAGCCUCUUUGUACGAUCCACUUGGAUUUAUGGCUCCUUUCACUCUGAGUGGAAAGUGCAUUUUACAGGAGCUGUGUCACAAAGGCAUAGGAUGGGAUGAUCCGAUACCUAAGCAGUUGAGUUCACGGUGGGAGGAAUGGAAAAAUGGCCUCAAAACACUAAAGGAUAUCACCAUACCCAGAUGUUACCAUCCUUCAAACUUUGGUCACAUUGUAAGCACUGAAUUACAUCAUUUUUCAGAUGCUAGUAGUAGAGGAUAUGGUUCAUGCUCCUACCUGAGAUACAAGAACGACCGAAAUGAGAUCCAUUGUAGUCUGGUCAUGGCCAAGGCAAGGGUUGCACCCUUGAAGAUCACAAGUAUCCCAAGGUUGGAACUCACAGCUGCAGUAAUUUCAGCCAGGAUGAGUGUCAUGUUAAAGGAAGAGCUUCAGCUAAAAAUAGAAAAGGAAUGCUUUUGGACAGACUCUCAGGUUGUGUUGGCAUAUAUAAACAAUGAAGCGCGAAGGUUUCAUGUGUUUGUUGCAAAUAGAGUUCAACUCAUCAGAGAGAAAACUGAUCCAAACAACUGGCAUUAUGUUGACACAACACAAAAUCCUGCUGAUUUUGCCUCCAGGGGUCUUCAUGCUACAGACAUCCCUUCAGCUGGCUGGUUAUCUGGUCCUAAGUUUUUAUGGGAACCAGAGGUUCCUCAACCAUCUAAACCUUCUAUUGGGCUCCUGGUUGGUGACCCUGAGGUCAAAUCUGUUCAUGUGUUUGCAACUCAAGUCAGUGAACAAGCAGAUAUCCUGGGUCGGCUGGAGAGGUUUUCUUCUUGGACCACACUUCUUAAAGUGGUUGCAAGAAUAAAGAGGCUUGGUUCAAAGUUAAAACACACUGACCUUGUGACUGUGGCAGAGCGCAAGGCAGCUGCUGAGGAAGUUUUGCAUCUAUUACAGCAACAAGUCUUCUCUUCUGAGCUAAAACUUCUUCAAGGAAAGCCUCAAGGAUGCAGUCUUCCUAAGUCUAGUCCACUCUUUAGGCUCAGCCCCAUUCUGGAGAAAGGACUUCUUCGUGUUGGUGGAAGACUUAAAGGAUCAAUCCUCAGUGAAGAGCAGAGGCAACCCAUUAUUCUUCCAAAGGACAGUCAUAUCACCAAGUUGAUUUUGUCCCACUUUCACAGUCAAGUAUGCCACCAGGGCCGAAAUCAAACCAUGAUGGAGAUACGAGCAAAUGGAUUUUGGGUGAUAGGUGGGAGCAAAACAAUUGCGAGGUUGAUAUUUAAAUGUGUUCAGUGCCGUAAGCAAAGAAGACCAGCUGAAGAGCAAAAAAUGUCUGAUCUCCCAAAGGAACGUUGUGAAAUCUCAGCUCCAUUUACAUUCUGUGGAAUGGAUUGUUUUGGCCCCUUUGCUGUAAAGAAUGGUCGUAAAGAGAUCAAGAGAUAUGGUCUAAUCAUCACAUGUCUUUCCUCUCGUGCAGUUCAUAUUGAAAUGCUUGAUGAUUUAUCCACUGAUGCCUUUAUUAACGCUUUAAGAUGUUUUAUUAGUUUGAGAGGAGCAGUUUCUCAACUUCGCUGUGAUCGGGGCACAAACUUUGUUGGCGCCAGCAAUGAGUUCAAAGAGGCUCUCAAGAAAUUAGAUAUCAGGACACUUGAAGCCUUUCUGGCAGACAAACAGUGUGAGUUUGUGUUUAAUGCUCCAUCAGCUAGUCAUGCAGGUGGCAUUUGGGAGCGGCAAAUACGUACCAUCCGCAGUGUCUUAAAUGUUACUCUUGCUCAGUGUGCAGGAAGACUUGAUGAUGCAUCACUCAGAACUCUGUUCUACGAAGCAAUGGCAAUUGUAAACAGCCGUCCUCUUAAUGUUAAUGGAAUUAAUGAUCCAAAAUUACUUGAGCCCUUAACUCCAAAUCAUCUUAUCCUGAUGAAGUCCAAGGUUGCUUUACCGCCCCCAGGAAGCUUUGUAAAGGAGGAUGUGUAUGCCACAAGGAGAUGGCGUCGAGUACAAUAUUUAACAGAACAGUUCUGGAGCAGAUGGAAAAGGGAGUAUCUCCUGAAUCUCUCUUUGAGACAAAAAUGGCAUGUUGCUCGGCGCAAUAUGAAAGUUAAUGAUAUUGUCAUAAUCAAGGAGGACACUCUUCCAAGGAAUGAGUGGCACUUGGGUCGAGUGGUUCAAACUGCAGAGGGAUCUGAUGGAUUGGUUCGUCGGGUCAAGGUUCAAGUGGGACAGCGCAAGUCAGCAAAGGAAAAGGACUUUCCCUCAAAACCCUCAAUCAUUGAACGCCCUAUUCAAAAAUUAGUACUUUUACUUGAAGGCGAUUAAUGUGUUUGAAAAGGUAAACACUCUUAUCAGACAUGAUGUUGACUGGUUACAUGUUGACCCGCAGAGUUUGUGGCCAGCUGUGAAAUCAUACAUGAGUAACUCUGUUGUUUUGUUUCAGUUUAAUCAUGUUAUGAUUUGGUGGGAGUGUUAGUGGCCAGCUGAGAUAGGUAUGUGUCAUUCAUGUUUUGGGGUUUCCAUCCCUUAUGUUAUUCAUGUUCUGGGGUUUCAGCACACGCCCCAGAACCUCUAUAAAUAGGGUUGAUUGCCACACACCUGUUUUGCCACUUCCACCUGAGUUGCCACAGGAUGCAGGUUAUGUUGGGUAGGGUCAGCAAGCAGCACAUUGCAGUUCAUGUGCCUGUUGCUACUCACCACUUGUGUGAGAGGAGUUUUGCGCCCUUGGUAGGCGAAGCGAGUUUCACGGUGCUCAUGAGGAAAUAAAAUUUGUACCAGUUGAGCUCUACGCCUCCUUAUUGAUACCAAGGGUCGCUACACCAUUGUUUAAGCAAACCGGACUAAAUAUACAUCCGGACUAAAUAGUAAAGACGCGCGUGUCUACUCGGUUAUGUGAUUUCUUUAUCUGGGUAAUUUUUUUCUAUUAAUAAUUUUUUUUUGCCAAAAUAAAUUGUUGGUGAGUAACGAAAAACAUGCCUGAUUAUGUAAUAAAUUUUGUUUAUAAUAUAUUUAAGUUGAAAUGUUAUUAAUGCUUUGGGUUAAAGAAAUAAGAAAUAAGAAAAAGAAAUAAGAGUUAAUUGUAUGUUCUUUGUAGUAUUACACCUGAUGGGAGGGGCUAAUAAGUUAAAAGGGGAGCUGUUCAGCUCAGGUAGAGUCAGUCAUGAUUUGGUUGCACAGAGGGUAACAACUGACUGCUCACCUGUUUUUUUUUUUUUGUUUGUUUGUUUUGUUUUUUUGGACUGUUUGCAUUUGCUCUUGUGAGUUAUUGAAGAACUGCUGGUGUUGGACUGAAAAGUUUGCCUUUUUUUUUUUUUUUUGUAAAUAUUUGAAUUAUUUGCACUGU